AUGAAUCAGAAUUCAACAUUAUCAUUAUUAUUAAAUUCCGAUUAUGCGGUGGAGAGUGAACACAGUAGUAACGUGAUUCCGAUCACGUUAUUUAUAGCAGUACUUUGUUUGUGUUUAGUAGUCGGACACUUGAUUGAAGAAUAUCGAUGGAUUAACGAAUCCAUAACCGCUAUUCUCAUCGGGUGCAUUGUGGGAACUAUUAUCUUACUGACAACCAAGUGGAAAAGUUCUCGUCUUCUUAGAUUCAACGAAGAAUUGUUCUUUAUAUAUCUUCUUCCACCCAUAAUCUUCAAUGCUGGCUUCCAGGUUAAAAAGAAACAAUUCUUCCACAACUUUUUCCCUAUCAUGUUGUUUGGGGUUGCUGGUGUUCUCAUAUCAACAUCUAUCAUCGCAGCUGGUAGCUGGUGGCUGUUUCCCAAGUUAGGGUUCGAGGGUUUGUCUAUCAGCGAGUAUCUAUGUAUUGGGACCAUUUUCUCAUCAACAGACACUGUAUGUACAUUACAGGUUUUGAGCCAAGAUGAGACACCUUUGCUAUACAGCCUAGUCUUUGGUGAAGGAGUCGUAAAUGAUGCAACAUCGGUGGUUCUUUUCAACGCGGUUCAAAAUAUCAAUGCAGAUACAAUUAAUGGCGGGACAGCUCUUCGGAUUUUUCAACAUUUCUUAUAUCUUUUUGCUUCAAGCACACUUCUAGGAAUUGCAUCUGGGCUUGUGACAGCAUACAUUCUUAGAAGUCUAAACUUCGGCAGACAUUCAAGUGUACGAGAAAUUUCACUGAUGGUUCUAGUAGCAUACUUGUCUUAUAUGCUAGCAGAGCUAUUUGAACUCAGUGGGAUUCUGACUGUCUUUUUUACCGGGGUUUUGAUGUCUCACUAUUCAUGGCACAAUGUGACUGAAAGCUCAAGAAUCACCACCAGGUAUGCAUUUGCGACAUUGUCUUUCAUCGCUGAAACAUUUAUAUUCCUUUAUGUGGGAAUGGAUGCUCUGGACUAUGAGAAAUGGAAAGUGAGCAUGUUAAGUUUUUGGAUGAAAAUGGGAAUGUACAGCACUGUGAUGUUCUUGAUUUUGCUUGGCCGUGCUGCUUUUGUCUUUCCUCUUUCCGUUUUUUCUAAUUACAUGUACAAAAGUGGAGGAGAGUCAGCAAAGAUCUCAAGACAGCAACAGAUGGUGAUCUGGUGGGCUGGUUUGAUGAGGGGUGCUGUUUCUAUAGCCUUGGCAUUUAAACAGUUUACUUAUUCGGGUGUUACACUGGAUCCUACGAACGCUACAAUGAUCACCACCACCAUAGUGAUUGUGCUCUUCAGUACCAUUGUGUUCGGUUUCUUGACUAAACCGCUAGUUGACUAUCUGCUUCCUACGCCAACUAAUUCAAAUACCAAGAGGAACCCCCGUGAUCCCGGGUCUCCAAAAGAGGAUAUGACGCUGCCGUUGCUAUCUUUAGACAAAUCUGCUUCCGAGAAUCUGUCGAGAGCAAAGGAAAAUGUAUCAAUGUUAAUGGACAGGCCUGUUUACACCAUCCACUCCUACUGGAGGAGGUUUGACCAUGCUUACAUGAAACCUAUAUUCGGCGGUCCAUCUAGCAAUGAGUCCGCAUGUUAG